AUGAAUAUGUCAAAAUUCUAUUCUCAUAAUAAGCAAUAUAAUCCAAAAAGGAAAAGGCAAAAGUCUCCAAAUAACAUUAAUAAUACUGAUACACCUCCAAUAAAGAGAUCGGUUACUUAUAAUGGUGAUUCAGAUUUAUUAUAUAAGAUUGUUAAUAACGAAAAUUUAGUUGAAUUAAUAGAUAAAAUAUAAAAGCAAAAAUAAGAUCAUUAUUUAAAGAUUGAAAAUACUUAAACUUUGACUUUACCUUCAAUUUAAAACUAAAUAGAAAGACAUCAUUUUAUUACGUAGAGAAAAUAAAAAAAAAAAUAAGAGAAAGAAUAUAUUCCAUUUACCUAUCCACUUAAUCCUAAAAAAGUAGCUUAUUAUUAAGAAAACAAUUUAUAUGGUAAAUUCAUAGAGCCAACUGAAUAUAAAAAAAUAAAUUAUGAAUCUAUAAAAACAGUGUACAAAUUUAUCGUAUAAUAGUGAAACUGCAAUAUCAGAAUAAUUAGCCAGUGAAAGUAGAUUAAAAAGAUCAUUGACAGAACGAAAGGAAGAAACACACAAAAACAAAUUCAAAUUAAUUUAGUAAUCAACUGAAGAUAAUUUAGAGAAUGAAAAAGAGAUAAAAAAUUAUACUUUGUCAAAAUCAGAUUAUGCAAAUUUAGACUCUUUGUAUAGUAAAUAAGGUAAAAUGAAUUAAAUAAUAAAAAAUGCAUUAAAAAUAAAAUCUCAUGCAAGAGAUCCUUCAAAUGCAUCAAAAUCUAUUUUGUCAGAAAGAAUACAAUUAUAAUUAGAGUUAAAAAAAUAAUAUGAAUAAUCUUUAGAUUUAGCUUUAUAAGGAUAUCUUGUUUAUGAUGAUAAAAAAUUUGAAAAAAAAUAAGCAAAUUGGUCAUAAUUAUUGCAAAGAUUGAAUUAUAAAUAAUAUCCAAAUCGAAAUAUGAAAUAAAAUUCAGUUCAUUAAAAGAAAUAGCUGUUUGUAAAUAAAACUCUAGAUAUAUAAGAUAAAUGUUCAGAAGUAUUAUAUGAAUGA